CGGGGUGGUGGCCGGGGCGGGCGCGGGCAUGGAGGUGGGCGCCGUGCUCGAGGCCGUGGAGGGGCGCGGCGGCGCCGCCGAGGCUGUGGAGAGAGUCCUGGCGCGGUACAACGAGGAGAAUCGGGGCACUUUCAGAUUUGAUCCAGCAGAUGAAGACAAAAGAAAAAAGCUAUGUGAAGGAAUUCUAAACAUCCUUGAAAAAGACACAAAAACUUCAUGUCAAGUUGCCUGCCUGGAGGCCCUCCGGAUUCUCUCCAGGGACAAGAAGGUUUUAGUGCCUGUGACCACAAAGAGGAACAUGCAGAUCCUUAUGAGGCUAGCAAAGCUGGACACUGUGGAAGAUUCCUUGGAGAGAGUGUCUGAAUUUCCCGUUAUAGUAGAAGCUUUAAAAUGCCUCUGUAACAUAAUUUUUAAUAGUGCUGUUGCACAGAAACUCAGUUCGGAACUGAAUCUUGCAGCUAUGCUCUGUAAUCUUCUGGAAAAAUGCAAGGACCAUCAAUUUGCUGAUGACAUUAAGUGCUUUGAUUUGCGUCUUCUCUUCCUCUUAUCGCUUCUGCACACAGAUAUUAGAUCGCAGUUGCGUCAGGAACUACAAGGGGUGCAAGUUUUGACUCAGGCUUUGGAGAGUUCCCUGAGCGUAAGAUGGACAGAAAAAUAUAAAGCAGUAGAAGAUCGUGACAGACCUCCUUUAUCUUUGCAAGAAACAGAUUGUGCCAUUGAGGCACUAAAGGCUCUUUUUAAUGUAACGCUUGACAGUUGGAAUGUCCACAGCGAGAAUGAAUCUCAUCAGUUUCGUUACAUGGCUGCCAUCCUUCGACACUGCUUAUUAACCAUGGGCCCUACUGAAGACAAAACUGAAGAGUUGCACAGCAAUGCAAUCAACCUCUUAAGCAAUGUUCCCGUUUCUUGCUUGGAUGUUCUUAUUCGUCCAUUAUGCCAAGAGGAAACAGAUAUAAAAUACAAUGGCAUGAAUAUGGGAGCAAUUCAAGUUUUACUGGAUUUCAUGGAGAAGAGAAUAGACAAGGGAAGCAGCUAUAGAGAAGGUCUGACUCCAGUUCUCAGUUUAUUAACUGAAUGCUGCCGAACUCAUAGGAAUAUCAGGAAGUUUAUCAAAGCUCAGGUAUUGCCUCCAUUAAGGGAUGUAUCCAAUCGUCCAGAAGUUGGCACAACAGUGAGAAACAAGCUUGUGCGCCUUAUGACACAUGUUGACCUUGGAGUAAAGCAAAUUGCAGCAGAAUUUCUUUUUGUUCUUUGUAAAGAGAGAGUUGACAGCUUGUUAAAAUAUACAGGCUAUGGUAAUGCGGCAGGAUUGCUGGCAGCAAGGGGCCUGUUAGCAGGAGGAAGAGGUGAUCAUUGGUACUCAGAUGAUGAAGAUACAGAUACAGAAGAAUACAAAUCUGCAAAGCCAAACAUUAAUCUUAUCACUGGUCACUUAGAAGAACCAAUGCCCAAUCCAAUGGAUGAAAUGACAGAAGAACAAAAGGAAUAUGAAGCUAUGAAGCUUGUCAACAUGUUUGAUAAACUUUCCAGAGAUGAGCUUAUAAAACCAAUGGGAGUGCGGCCGGAUGGUACAAUGGCUCCUUUGGAAGAAGCAGUCAGCCAGUACCAUACCAACAAGCAAGACAGUUCAGAUUCGGACUAAAGCAUCACCUGCUUCAUUCUCAAUUCUCCUGUAAUCCACGCUUUUCCGUAGAGCCACCACAUCUUUUAUCUAGGCAUUUUAUCCUCACAUUAGCCAGUCUCACUUUAACUCUUCUGUUAUUGGGAUAUUUAAAUGAUGGCUCCUGUGGUGCAAUGUCUGAAUUUUUAUUAUGUCUGUUUAAAGAACGUAUCAAUUUAUUAGUUUAUGAUCUUUAUUAAUUUAAAACUAAACUUAUUUCAAAGGGAUAAAAAGUGAAAGCCUACAAUGUAAAGUAAACACAAACACUUUAAUUUUCAAGAAUCCUGUUUUCUGAACUGUAGGUUUUCCCAGUCUUAAUAUUUUAUUUUUUUGUAUUGUCUUGCCAGUCUCUGCCUUUAUAUAAAUGUACCUGAAGAAGUGUGUUUGCUUAACAGCAUUAGGAGCAGAGGGUGUUUAAACUUUGAAGACUGACGGACCUCAUGAAGUUGCUUUAACUGGCAUUUGGCGGUGCUUUCAGAGCUGCCCUUUUUAAAAUGUCAUUGGAUUUCUUACUGCUGCACAAUUCUGUGGUUAAGCUGCUGCUUGAGAUUUUACCAAUGUGUCAGUCACUGACUGCUGCUAAAAUUACCUUUAAAUUGGGAACAAGAUGAUGUAUGUUGUAUGUCCAUCCUCCCUUCCUUCCCUCCCCCAUUUCAGCCACACGGAUAUACCACCCCCCUCCCAUUUUUGGUUAAGUAAAAACAUCCCUAUUCAAAACAGCGUUCAAGUAUGUACACUUAAAUGUUGCCGUGAAUGGGAGUGGACCAGAGUGAAGUGCAUGUGCGAGUGUUGUACUGAAUUGGGGCCUACUUUUGGAGAUGAAUGGGUAUGCCUCACUUGAUGGGAAGUCAAACUAGUCAACAAAAACAUAUUUCCAUUUUAGGGAGAACUUAGGAAGCAGUGGGAUAGAGAAUGAGAGGGCAGGAAGGAGAAGAAAGUGUCACCUUCAACUCUGUACUCUAGAAAUGAAGAUUAAAAGUUUUAGGCGUGCUGCACUGUUGUUGUUGCCUCUUUGCCUGCUUGGUUUCUUUCUCUGUGAGUUUCUCCCAGCAUGAACUACAUGAAGAAUUAUCCACAUUCUAGUUCGUAAUUCCUUUUUUUCUCUGCUCAGAAGUGGACACAUGCCAUUCCGGUGAACCUUUCUGAGGUUGGUGAAGGUUUUCCAGUUUGUUUCCUAUGACUUGACACUGGUUCCAGGAACUAAGGAAGCUGAUGUUAAAAAGUGUUGUAAAGGGGGGGGUCUUGCUAUGAAAUCAUGCUGCGGUUUCUCAUGUAAGGAGCUUCCACAGAUUUCCUUAGUCUUCUGAAAGGACUGAAAAGAAAUAAUGCACUGCUGUCCUCUCAGCGGUUAAGUUUGUUUUCUCAAAGGACGUGGCCCAGCCACAGCAAUGCCUUUUUUCAUUAAUUAAAAAAACAAGUUCAUUUUUAAUGAACUUAAGUUAAUGAACUUAAGUUCAUUAACAUUUCUGUGUGCUGGGAGUUUUCCGAAUGCUGAAAUCAUUGAUGUUUUGUGUUAUGACUUGACUUGGGCUACGUUGUCUGCUGCAUCUACAUGGAGCAUCACAAUUUGCCUUGGGGAAAAGGAAGCCACCUGCUGUUCCCACAUAGCAGCAGUUACAGCAGCACCUAUCAAUGUAUUGUAGUACUGUAAUCACGCCUGUUAUGUAUGAAUCCAAAAGGGAAGUGGCAGAAGUUGCCCAGGAGCAAAAAAAUAGGCUUCCUGCAUCUAAGCUCGGUCUCAAAAAUGUAUUAGAGUUUAGCAUCAUCCACUGACUAGUCUGAGCCCAGCACAAGCAAGUAUUAAGUGCACUGCAAGUGCAAAGAAUUUAUGACCCUUCCUGAGGAGAAAAGCUUAAAUAGCUCUGUUAAUGAGGAAUUGCAUCCUGUCUUGGUAUGAGCUGAGGAUGUUUCUCAGGGCUGAAGAAGCAGCUAUUUCAAGGAAAGGCUCUAUGGGUUGCUACAGAGGGACGAGUACAGACCAUGAGUCUAGAGGAGGCCAUGGAGAUGAUCAGAGGGCUGGGACUCCUCCCAUACGAGGACAGGCUGAGAGAGUUGGGGUUGUUCAGCCUGGAGAGGAGAAGGCGCAGGGAGAUCUUCUAGCGAUCUUCCAGCUCCUGAGGGGGCUACAAGAGAGCUGGGGAGGGGCUUUCUAUCAGGGAGUGCAGUGAUAAGAUGAGGGGGAAUGGUUUUAAGCUAAAAGAGGGGAAAUUGAAAUUAGACAUUGGGAAGAAAUGUUUUCCUGUGAGCAUGGUGAGGCACAGGAACAGGUUGCCCAGAGAAGUAGUGAAUGCUGCAUCCCUGGAGGUGUUCAAGGCCAGGUUGGAUGAGGCUAUGAUCAACCUGGUCUAGUAGGAGGUGUCCCUGCGCAUGGCACAGGGGUUGGAACUGGCUGAUCUUUAAGGUCCUUUCCAAUCCAAACCAUUCCAUGAUUCUAUGAAAAAGGCCAAAAUAUCAGUUUGUUGCUUUACAAGUUAUAGAGUAUGCUCCUACAAUUACCUGGCUGAAGAGAGUGAUAAACCAAUAAUGGCUCUUGGACCUUGUUACACAUGGUACAGCACAAGGCUUUUGU